GGCCGGAGGCGGCUGCGUAGGCCCCGGCGGGGCGUUUGGUUUCUGUUGGGCCCUGACUGGAGUUAAUAUUGACGGCCGAAAUGGGAGUCCCCAAGUUUUACCGAUGGAUCUCGGAGCGAUAUCCCUGCCUCAGCGAAGUGGUGAAGGAGCAUCAGAUUCCUGAAUUUGAUAACUUAUACCUGGAUAUGAAUGGAAUUAUACAUCAAUGUUCCCAUCCUAAUGAUGAUGAUGUUCACUUCAGAAUUUCAGAUGAUAAAAUCUUCACUGAUAUUUUUCACUACUUGGAGGUGUUGUUCCGCAUUAUUAAGCCCAGGAAAGUAUUCUUCAUGGCUGUUGAUGGUGUGGCUCCCCGAGCAAAGAUGAACCAACAGCGUGGGAGACGUUUUAGGUCAGCAAAGGAGGCUGAAGACAAAAUUAAAAAGGCAAUAGAAAAAGGAGAAAUUCUUCCUGCAGAGGCCAGAUUUGAUUCCAACUGCAUUACACCAGGGACUGAAUUCAUGGCCAGGUUACAUGAACAUCUGAAGUACUUUGUAAAUAUGAAAAUUUCUACAGACAAAUCGUGGCAAGGAGUUACCAUCUACUUCUCAGGCCAUGAGACUCCUGGAGAAGGAGAGCAUAAAAUCAUGGAGUUUAUCAGAUCCGAGAAGGCAAAGCCAGAUCAUGAUCCAAACACCAGGCACUGUCUUUAUGGCUUAGAUGCUGACUUGAUUAUGCUUGGAUUAACAAGUCAUGAGGCACAUUUCUCUCUUUUAAGAGAAGAAGUUCGAUUUGGUGGCAAAAAGACUCAAAGGGUAUGCGCACCAGAAGAAACCACAUUUCACCUCCUACACUUGUCUUUAAUGAGAGAGUAUAUUGACUAUGAGUUUUCAGCAUUAAAAGACAAGAUCACAUUUAAAUAUGAUAUUGAAAGGAUAAUAGAUGAUUGGAUUUUGAUGGGAUUUCUUGUUGGCAAUGAUUUUAUCCCUCAUCUACCUCAUUUACAUAUUAAUCAUGAUGCACUGCCUCUUCUUUAUGGAACAUAUAUUACCAUCCUGCCAGAACUUGGGGGUUAUAUUAAUGAAAGUGGGCAUCUCAACUUACCUCGAUUUGAGAAAUACCUUGUGAAACUAUCGGAUUUUGAUCGAGAACACUUCAGUGAAGUUUUUGUGGACCUAAAGUGGUUUGAAAGCAAAGUUGGUAACAAGUACCUCAAUGAAGCAGCAGGUGUUGCAGCAGAAGAAGCCAAGAACUACAAGGAAAAGAAAAAAUCAAAGGGCCAGGAAAAUUCUAUAUGUUGGGCUGCUUUAGACAAAAAUGGAGAAGAAGUGGUAACUUCUAAGGACAAUUUAGAAGAAGAGAUGGAAGAUGAUGACCUAUUUGAAACCGAGUUUAGGCAAUAUAAAAGGACAUAUUACAUGACAAAGAUGGGAGUUGACGUAGUUUCUGAUGACUUUCUGGCUGAUCAAGCUGCAUGUUAUGUUCAGGCAAUACAGUGGAUUUUGCACUAUUACUAUCAUGGAGUUCAGUCCUGGAGCUGGUUUUAUCCGUACCAUUAUGCACCUUUCCUGUCUGAUAUCCGCAACAUCAGUACACUCAAAAUCCAUUUUGAACUGGGAAAACCUUUUAAGCCAUUUGAACAGCUUCUUGCUGUACUUCCAGCAGCUAGCAAAAAUUUACUUCCUGCAUGCUACCAGCAUUUGAUGACCAGUGACGAUUCACCAAUUAUAGAAUAUUAUCCACCUGAUUUUAAAACUGACCUGAAUGGGAAACAACAGGAAUGGGAAGCUGUGGUACUAAUACCUUUUAUUGAUGAGAAGCGAUUGUUAGAAGCCAUGGAGACAUGUAACCACUCCCUCAAAAAAGAAGAGCGAAAAAGAAAUCAACAUAGUGAGUGCCUAAUGUGCUGGUUUGACAGCAACACAGAGUUCACCUACCCCUCUCCAUGGCCAGAGAAGUUCCCUCCCAUAGAGCGAUGCUGUGCAAGGUAUAAAAUAAUAUCAUUAGAUGCUUGGCGUAUAGAUAUAAGCAAAAACAACAUAACCAAGGUUGACCAGAAGGCAUUAUAUUUCUGUGGAUUUCCUACUUUGAAACACAUCAAACACAAAUUUUUUUUAAAGAAAAGUGGGGUUCAAGUAUUCCAGCAAAGCAGUCGUGGAGAAAACAUGAUGUUGGAAAUCUUAGUGAAUGCUGAGUCAGAUGAACUUAGUAUAGAAAAUAUAGCUUCAUCAGUGCUUGGGAAGUCUGUCUUUGUUAAUUGGCCUCAUCUUGAAGAAGCUAGAGUUGUUGGUGUAUCAGAUGGAGAAACUAAGUUUUACUUGGAAGAACCUCCAGGAACACAGAAGCUUUAUUUGGGAAGAACUGCACCACCAUCUAAAGUGGUCCAUCUUGGAGACAAAGAACAAUGUAAUUGGACAAAAGAAGUACAAGGAAUUUCAGAAUACUACCUGAGAAGAAAAGGAAUAAUAAUAAAUGAAACAUCUGCAGUUGUAUAUGGUCAGUUACUCACAGGUCGUAAAUAUCAAAUAAAUCAAAAUGGAGAAGUCCGUCUAGAGAAACAGUGGUCAAAACAAGUUCUUCCAUUUGUUUAUCAAACCAUUGUCAAAGACAUCCGAGCUUUUGACUCCCGUUUCUCCAGUAUAAAAACAUUGGAUGACUUGUUUCCUCCUAGAAGUAUGGUCUUUAUGCUGGGAACACCCUACUAUGGAUGCACUGGGGAGGUUCAGGAUUCAGGGGAUGUGAUUACAGAAGGCAGAAUUCGUGUGGUUUUCAGCAUUCCAUGUGAACCCAAUCUUGAUGCUUUAAUACAAAACCAGCAUAAAUAUUCUAUAAAGUACAACCCAGGAUAUGUGUUGGCCAGUCGCCUUGGAGUGAGUGGAUACCUUGUUUCAAGGUUUACAGGAAGUAUUUUUAUUGGAAGAGGAUCUAGGAGAAACCCUCAUGGAGACCAUAAAGCAAAUGUGGGUUUGAAUCUCAAAUUCAACAAAAAAAAUGAGGAGGUACCUGGAUAUACUAAGAAAGUUGGAAACGAAUGGAUGUAUUCAUCUGCAGCAGAACAACUUCUUGCAGAGUACUUGGAGAGAGCUCCAGAGCUAUUCAGUUACAUAGCCAAAAAUAGCCAAGAGGAUGUGUUCUAUGAAGAUGACAUUUGGCCUGGAGAAAAUGAGAACGGUGCUGAGAAAGUUCAAGAAAUUAUUACUUGGCUGAAAGGACAUCCUGUCAGUACUUUGUCUCGGUCUUCUUGUGAUUUACAAAUUCUGGAUGCAGCUAUUGUUGAGAAAAUUGAAGAAGAAAUUGAAAAGUGCAAGCAAAGAAAGAAUAAUAAGAAAGUUCGAGUGACAGUGAAGCCCCAUUUGCUAUACAGACCUUUGGAACAGCAACAUGGGGUUAUUCCUGAUAGGGAUGCAGAAUUUCGUCUCUUUGACCGUGUUGUAAAUGUGAGAGAGAACUUUUCCGUUCCAGUUGGCCUUCGGGGCACCAUCAUAGGAAUUAAAGGGGCUAAUAGAGAAGCUGAUGUACUAUUUGAAGUAUUAUUUGAUGAAGAAUUUCCUGGCGGCUUAACAAUAAGGUGCUCACCUGGUAGAGGUUAUCGACUGCCAACAAGUGCCUUGGUGAACCUUUCUCAUGGGAGUCGCUCUGAAACUGGAAAUCAGAAGUUGACAGCCAUUGUGAAACCACAGCCAGCUGUGAAUCACUAUAGCUCAAAUUCAUCAGUUUCAUCUGGGCAUUUGGGAGGCCUGAACCAUUCCGCUCAAUCGCUUUUUGUUCCUACUCAAGUACCUGCUAGAGAUGAUGAUGAAUUUUGUAACAUUUGGCAGUCCUUACAGGGAUCUGGAAAGGUUCAACACUUUCAGCCACUGCUACAAGAGAAGGGUGCAGUUCUACCUCAAGAAAUAAGUCAAGUAACUCAACAUCAUAAAACUGGCUUUAAUGACAACAGCGUUAAGCAGAGAAAACAUGAGCCUCACAGAAAAUUUAAAGAAGAGUGUAAGAGUCCUAAAACUGAGAGUCGGUCACAAAAAAUGUCAAAUAGGCAGGCAUUUGGAGGCCCUGCCAAAUGUAAUUUUAAGCUACUGAAGAGAAAUGGAAGUUCAGAAGUCUCAGAAAAUCAAAAGGUUGUGACUGGUUAUCCAAGUGCUGUUGAUAAGCCUAAUCCUGGAAUUGAGAACUUCUUAGCAUCCUUGAAUAUCUCCAAAGAAAAUGAAAUACAGUCAUCUCAUCAUGAAGAGCCUCCAAGUGAAGAACAUUUGUCACCACAGUCAUUUGCUAUGAAGGGAACUCGGAUGCUUAAAGAAAUUCUAAAAAUUGACAGCUCUGACAGUAUGGACCAUAAGAAUGAAAUGAAACAGUUUGGUAAUGAAGUCACUGUUUCCUCUAGUAGAAGAGAUGAAUAUGGAUCUUCCUCACAACCUAAACAAAAUAAGAAAUUGACAUCUUAUAUGAACAAGCCUCACAGUGCUAGUGAGUACCAUAAUGUUCAGUCUGUGGACAGUGUGUGCUGGCCUGCCGGCCAGAUUCCUCCUGUGUCCACACCAGUAACUGAACUUUCUCGAAUUUGUUCCCUUGUUGGAAUGCCACAACCAGAUUUCUCCUUUCUGAGAACACCACAGACAAUGACAGUUUGCCAGGUAAAAUUAUCUAACGGUUUACUGGUACAUGGGCCACAGUGCCAUUCUGAAAAUGAAGCCAAGGAAAAAGCUGCACUUUUUGCUAUACAACAAUUGGGCUCCUUAGGAGUGAAUUUCCCUUUGCCUCCACCAAUAUUUCCAAGUUAUCCUCCAGCUGUACCACCUGGAACCAUUCCUCCAGUUUUUCCCCAGCCUACUGGCUGGGAUCACUAUGGAAGCAACUUAGCACUGGGGGCAGCUAAUAUCAUGCCUUCAUCAUCUCAUCUCUUUGGCUCAGUGCCAUGGGGACCACCAAUGCCAGUUCCUGGGAAGCCCUUCCAUCAUACAUCGUAUGCUGGGACCAUGCCCAUGGCUGGGGGAAUGCCAGGUGGUGUGCACAAUCAGUUCAUACCUCUGCAGGUAACUAAAAAAAGAGUUGCAAACAAAAAGAACUUUGAGAAUAAGGAGGCCCAGAGUUAUCAAGUCACCCUGCUUCACACUAGCCAGUCAGCAUCUUCUGAUGUCACCAAAGGAAUUCCACAGGAGACUUCAUCAGCUUCCUUACCAUCUUCUCAGAUCCCUCAACCUGCAUCUUCUUUUCAAGUUGCAGCUGCCUCCUCAGGCCAUAGUAUGCCUCACCAGAAGUCGGCACCAAGCGCUUCAAGAAGAAAAUCAAGAAAACUGGCUGUCAAUUUUGGCGUUUCUAAACCUGAAUAA